UACAUUGUUCAUGUUGAGUUACCAGACGGUCUGAUCUCCAGAGAUUCACAUUAUCAGUCGUUUAUGAGUUCAGCAGUGGAAACAUCAACGGAUUCCUCGAACAUAAUCUACUCUUAUCAGCAUGUUAUUAGCGGUUUUGCUGCUAAAUUAUCCCCUGAUGCAGUGAAGGCGAUGGAGAAGAUGGAUGGUUUCGUGUAUGCGCGGCCCCAGAGAGUGUUAAACUUGCAGACAACUCACACUCCAGACUUCUUGGGGCUGCACCUGAAUUCAGGGUUCUGGAACAGCUCCAACUAUGGCGAAGGCGUGAUCAUUGGGGUGCUGGACACCGGAGUUUCCCCCGAACACCCAUCGUUUAAUGAUGACGGGAUGCCUCCUCCACCCGCUAAGUGGAAGGGGAAAUGUGACAAUUUUGAGUGUAACAAUAAGCUCAUUGGAGCAAAGAGUUUCCGGAGUGGAAAUCAGUCUACUUCGUUCGACUAUGUUGGACAUGGCACUCACACGUCGAGCACGGCUGCUGGGAACUUCGUAGGCGGUGCUAAUGUCUAUGGAAGCGAUAAUGGCACCGCCGCGGGAAUUGCCCCUCGGGCACACUUGGCUAUGUACAAGGUCUGUGGGGGAGGUUGUCCUGAAAGUGACUUUUUGGCGGGCAUGGAUGCGGCCAUUGAGGAUGGGGUAGAUGUGGUUUCAAUUUCCCUGGGUGGACCGUCUGGACCUUUCUAUGAUGAUGUUAUAGCCUUGGCUACUUAUAGGGCUAUGGAAAAGGGGAUUUUUGUUAGCUGUGCCGCGGGGAAUUCAGGCCCUAAUCUUAGCACCGUGUUAAACGAAGCGCCCUGGAUUCUCACGGUGGGAGCCGCCACGGUUGAUAGAAGAGUGGUGGCAACGGCACGUCUUGGAAACGGGGAAGAAGUAGAUGGGCAAUCAGCUUAUCAGCCUGAUGAUUUUUCUCUGGAAUUACUUCCACUAGUGUAUCCUGGGAUGAACGCCAGUGAUUUUACUGCAAAAUAUUGCGACAAUUCUUCACUGGAGAUCUAUGAUGUGAAAGGAAAAGUUGUGGUGUGUGAUAUGGGUGAUCCAGUGCCCACACUUGUAAAGGGAACAGCUGUGAAGGAAGCCGGGGGCGCUGCCAUGAUUCUUGUGAACCAGGACAUUCAGGGCUACACCACAUUUGCAGACCCUCAUGUGCUCCCUGCCACGCACCUUAGUUUUGCGGAUGGAGAAAAGGUGAAAGCUUACAUAAACUUAACUUCAAACCCAACAGCCACAAUCCUGUUCAAAGGAACUGUAAUCGGUGACCCUCGAGCCCCGGCGGUUUCCUACUUCUCAUCUCGGGGGCCGGGCAACGCUAGCCCGGGAAUUCUGAAACCAGACAUUGUAGGUCCAGGCGUGAGUAUCAUUGCAGCCUGGCCAGUUUCUGUGGAAAACAGGACGGACACAAAAUCGACCUUCAAUAUUAUUUCAGGUACCUCAAUGUCGUGCCCGCACCUAUCCGGUGUUGCGGCUUUGCUCAAGAGUGCGCACCCCGAUUGGUCUCCAGCUGCUAUAAAGUCUGCAAUCAUCACUACUGCUGACACUACUAACCUCGGGAAUAACAAAAUUGAAGACGAAAGGCGCCUCCCGGCUGACAUCUUUACACUUGGGGCUGGCCAGGUUAAUCCAUCAAGAGCCAACGAUCCAGGGCUAGUUUAUGACGUCGCACCUAAAGACUACGUGCCUUACUUGUGCGGAUUAGGAUACACAGAUAAACAAGUAGGCCUCCUUUUGCAACGUAAUGUCACCUGUUCAGCAACCAUCCCAGAAGCAGAGCUAAACUACCCUUCGUUUUCAAUUAGGCUAGUGAAUCCAUCGCGAUCACAGACAUACACCAGAACCGUGACAAAUGUUGGAGAGGUCAGUUCAUCGUACACCGUCGAAAUUGUUCCACCGGAUGGCGUUAGCGUGACCGUGGAGCCUCCCACCUUGAACUUCUCAGAGCUGAACCAGAAGGCUUCGUAUCGAGUGGCAUUCACCCGUUCCGCUUCCCCUACAAAUGCAACGGUUGUUCAAGGAUAUCUGAAAUGGUGUUCUUCUAGAUAUGUUGUCAGGAGUCCAAUUGCUGCAAUUCUCAAUCUUGUAGUUUGA